UAAUACUAUGAAAUAAUACAUACAUUAUCAUUUUGUACUUCUGUACACAAUAAUUUGAUAUGCUACUAAUUUUAAUAACUUGAUUUUAAUGAAUUUAAAUACCCAUAUUAUGAAUUUGAAUUUUUUUUUAAGAGACAGAACAUUAAGGAUCCUCCUGAACAAGAUUUCUGUUUUUCAGAACCUGAAUUCGAUCAUCUUGUCAUAGUAACUUUACCUUUAGAAGUACAAAUAUAAAACAAGAAGAAAAAACAUAAUGCUACCUCUAAACACUUCUCUUCCCUCUCCUAUGAGUUUUUUCCUGUUGGGCAUCCCAGGACUAGAGCACAUCCAUGUCUGGAUUGGAAUUCCCUUCUGCUCCAUGUAUGCAGUGGCUGUGGUGGGGAAUGUGACCAUCUUGGCUGUGGUGAGGGCAGAGCGAAGCCUGCAUGAGCCAAUGUUCCUCUUUCUGUGCAUGCUGUCCGUCACUGACCUGGUCCUCUCCACCUCUACACUGCCCCGCAUGCUCUGUCUCUUCUGGCUCAGAGCUCAUGACAUCGCCUUUGAUGCUUGUCUGACCCAAAUGUUCUUCAUCCAUAGUUUUACUGCCAUGGAAUCGGGCUUCUUCUUGGCCAUGGCCAUUGACCGUUAUGUGGCCAUCUGUGACCCACUGCGUCAUGCCACCAUUCUCACUCAUACUCGCAUUGCCAAAAUGGGAGCUGCUGUGGUCCUCCGCGGGGUGGCCUUCUUUUCUCCACACCCCAUCCUGCUCAGACAGUUGCCCUAUUGCAGAACUCGAAUCAUUGCCCACACUUACUGUGAGUUCAUGGCUGUAGUGAAGCUGGCAUGUGUGGACACAGGACCUACCAAGCGUUACAGCCUCAGUGUAGCCUCCAUCAUUGGUUCCUCUGAUGGCUUUUUCAUUGCUGUCUCUUAUGCCCUAAUCCUCCAUGCAGUCUUUCGUCUUCCAUCACGGGAAGCCAGCCUUAAAGCCCUGCGCACAUGUGGCUCUCAUGUCUGUGUCAUCCUCGUUUUCUACUCCACAGCUGUUUUUACCUUCCUCACCCACCGCUUUGGCCACAAUGUGGCUCCCCAAAUUCAUAUCUUCAUUGCCAAUAUGUACCUUUUGGUACCCCCUUUUCUAAAUCCCAUUGUUUAUGGGAUUAGGACUAAGAAAAUUCGAGAUCAUGUACUUAGUUCUCUAAGGGUAAAGGUUGCCUGGUUAUAG